CUGCCGUCUCUCCAUAUUUAAUAGCCUAAGACAAUAUAUAUCACAGUAACUUUGGAAUGAUACGGUUUUUCUUUUGGCUGACAAUAUCAGCAAAUCCACAGGGGCAAUUAUUUGGCAAGCCGUCCCAUACAGACUGUAUACUAUAGGGUGUGCAUAUAUUUCGCUCUUAAGGCGCUAAAUAUAUACCCCGACACGCUUGGGCACUUAUUUCGCAGCGAGCACUUAUUGACUCUUAUUUUGAAGUGCAAUAAACCGGAAACCAGUUUCAACCAAACAUGGCGGAGCGGGGUAAAAGCUGUUGGGUUGCUCCGGAGGUAUACAAACACCACGAACAGAAGAAAGUAUGCAUAUCUCGCGCAAAAUAUCGAGAAGGGAGGAAAGCCCGGGCUGUUAAGGUGUACACCAUUAAUUUAGAGUCGUGUUACGUCAUGGUGCAAGGGGUCCCUGCCAUUGGAGUCAUGGCGGAGCUGAUCCAGCUGUGUGCGCUGUACGGAACUGUGCAAGAGUACAGACCGUUGGAUGAGUACCCUGCCGAGGAGUUCACGGAGGUCUACCUUGUCAAGUUUCAGAGGAUCACUAGUGCCAGGGCAGCCAAACGACACAUGGACGAGAAGAAUUUUUACGGAGGUGUGCUGCAUGUUUGCUAUGUACCUGAGUAUGAGACCGUGGAGGACACCAGGAUGAAGCUGCAGGACCGGAUGAGAUACAUCAUGUGGGCUGCUCGAAGUAAAGUCCAAGAGAGGGAGCUGGAAGAGGCAUCAAACAAGGAGUCAACAUCAAAGACAUCAACAGAAACCACUCCGGAGAUCCCUCCUUCACAUAAUGAUUUGAAUGACCGGUACAAUGAAGGAGAAAGUUCCAACUUUGAACAUCAUUUUGACUUUCCUUUACUGCCGCUCCCGCCUCAGGAACAUCCCUUGUCAAGAUGUAACCAUCACGUACCAACCGAGGACAAAAUGGGGACACUGCCCAACGGCAUCAUGGACGCUAAAGAAAAGACAGCGUCGAGCUCACAUAAAUCUCUUGUUGCGGAGGACAGACUGACCUCGAGGAAAAUGUAUCCAGCCAAGUUUGUACCGAGGACAACAAACUUGGAGAGCAGAAAACGUAGUAUGGAAGAUGUUGUGUCACAUGUGCUGUCUGAUGUCAUGUCAGGAAAAAAUGAGGCACUCAUUGGCCCAAAAUUAGAAGACACUCCUAUAGAGGACAUGGAAGACAACUCGCUGAACACGACUGUCAACUUGAUCAGGAACACAAUGAAGCAGGCGGUGUCUGUUCCUUAUCUUGGACCAGUGGGAAAAAAGAAGAAACCACGUCGGAGGAUUUGAUCGGGUUACCUUGCCGACAAAUAUUUCCUAUUUUAUUUGAUGACACAUUUACUAAUUAGAUUAUAUUUGUGCACACUUUUAUGAUCAAUAUGGAGAAGGAGUAGAUCUGCUUUUUCAUACUCUUAUUCAGACAUACUAUUUUUUGUAAAGGCAGUUUUGUUGCAAUUCGCCGAUUUCAUGUUCAAUUUCUGAAAGCUGGAUUAUGUUCCUUUGUUAAUUAACUAGUUUACGCUACACCGCUUUGCUCCUCCUGUAAACACUGUUGCGUAGCAUGAGGUGAACCUACGUAAAAACUACCCUUACAGACUGUAAAGCAGCUAAAUUGUUGAUUCAACUGAGUUGUUUUGAGGGUCCAAAAUAUCCAGAAAGCUAAGGACUGGUGGACUGGACCUCUACCUUAAUGAAAGUCUUAUUUUGCUUAUUACAGAUAUUUGGUUUUGGUCUAUUUAUUUUGUCAGUUAUAGGAGCCCUCUCCAAAUGUUUUGACCGGAACUUGCAGGCCACCAGUUGAAAUGCUCAACCGAGGAUUAAAAAAGGGCCUAAAAUAGAAUCUUGAGAAACACCACUAGUAUAACUAAAGAAGUUGAACAAAUGACUACUAACUGCAUCUGAAGUAAACAAGUUACAGCAACACCUUAGUUUAUAAGUCACAUUACAAAACUGCCAAAAAGGAGUUAAAGGGAGGCUUGAGGAAUUGUUAAGUUGUGUAAAUUAAAAUUUGGACCCCAGUGUUGUAGUGUAGGUUAAAAUGUUAAUGCAAGGUCCAAGUUCCUCUAUACAACAGGACCAUAAGUGUUAACAGGAAAGUGUUGAAAAAAUUGUCUCACAAAUUUUGAAGUGAAACAGGGUGGGGGUUUGCGUAUUUGGGACAAUGUUUUGGAUUUUUAGCCCUGCAAAAAAGGCUUUGUGAAAGUUUGUAGAACAUUAUUUCCUGUGUAUAAUGUACAACCACCCUUCAAAAAUGCCUUCUCCAAUUUUGAAUGAGCAUUUGCAGUAAAAAUGGAUUAAACUUUGA